CGUGACUCCCUCUCUCCUCGCCACUCUCCCCCCUCCCAUCCUCUUCCACUCUCUCCUCUCCCCUUCGUGGCGGCGGCGGCGGCGGCGGCGGCGUGACGAGGAGGAGCAAUGGCGAUGGCCUCCUCCGCCUACGCCCCAGCGGGCGGCGUUGGCACCCACUCCGCGCCGGGCAGGAUCAGGCCGCCGCGCGGCCUCGGCUUCUCCACCACCACCACCAAGUCGAGGCCCCUCGUGCUCACCAGGCGUGGGGGAGGCGGCGGCAACAUCUCCGUGGCUCGGCUGAGGUGCGCGGCGUCGUCGUCGUCGGCGGCGGCGAGGCCGAUGUCGCAGCCGCGGUUCAUCCAGCACAAGAAGGAGGCGUUCUGGUUCUACCGCUUCCUCUCCAUCGUCUACGACCACGUCAUCAACCCGGGCCACUGGACGGAGGACAUGCGGGACGACGCCCUCGAGCCCGCCGACCUCUACAGCCGCAAGCUCAGGGUCGUCGACGUCGGCGGCGGGACGGGGUUCACCACGCUCGGGAUCGUCAAGCGCGUCGACCCGGAGAACGUCACGCUGCUCGACCAGUCCCCGCACCAGCUCGAGAAGGCCCGGGAGAAGGAGGCCCUCAAGGGCGUCACCAUCAUGGAGGGCGACGCCGAGGACCUCCCCUUCCCCACCGACACCUUCGACCGCUACGUCUCCGCCGGCAGCAUCGAGUAUUGGCCCGAUCCGCAGCGAGGAAUCAAGGAAGCUUACAGGGUUUUGAGGCUUGGUGGAGUGGCUUGCAUGAUUGGCCCCGUGCACCCAACCUUCUGGCUGUCUCGCUUUUUCGCUGACAUGUGGAUGCUCUUCCCGAAGGAAGAGGAGUAUAUUGAGUGGUUCAAAAAGGCAGGGUUCAAGGAUGUCAAGCUCAAAAGGAUUGGACCAAAAUGGUACCGUGGUGUCCGAAGGCAUGGCCUGAUUAUGGGAUGCUCUGUGACGGGCGUCAAAAGAGAACAUGGAGACUCCCCUUUGCAGGUUUUUUUUUUUGCUAAUUUGCCUUGCAAGUUGCAAAUUCACAUAAGCCUCCUUUGUUCGGAUGACUCUUUUUGUCGUUACUUUUAUUUCUUACUGAUUUAUAUGUUGAUUAUUACUCAUGGAUUGGCAACGCAACACCUGGGUAUGACGAAUGUUGAAGAGUGAACAUGUCAAUAUUUUUCUCACUUGCAUGAGAUUAAUGAACAUUGUAGCUUGGUCCAAAGGUUGAGGAUGUCAGCAAACCUGUGAAUCCUAUCACCUUCCUCUUCCGCUUCCUCAUGGGAACAAUAUGUGCUGCAUACUAUGUUCUGGUGCCUAUCUACAUGUGGAUAAAGGACCAGAUUGUGCCCAAAGGCAUGCCGAUCUAAGGGAGAUGAACUGAGCUGCAAGAGAGGAUAGCCAAUAUCUGAAUUAGGCUUCUCUAUAUUAGGCACUUUCUGUCAGUUCUGUAUUUACUUCUGUUGUCCCUGUUGUUAUGUACUUCUUUUACUGUGGUUCUUGUUUGUGGGGAAAUAAUAUUAUGAGACCUUGAUUAAGCUCAUCCGAACUCCUGAGCAUGGAAUGGAUCGUGUGUAGCAUAAUUAGAAUGGACAUGUGACAUUUCUGCAUUCCAAGUAUUCUGAAUGGUAGACAAACAAAUAAUAUCUGAAUUCGAUC